AUCGGCGGUGCACUGUGUCCCUCGAACACAGCGGAUCACGGAAAGAGCCGAAGAUGUUGGCUCGGUCAUGUGAUCAGCUGUUUCCAAUCACAGCUGAUCACAUGGGACAUGUACAUUGAUCAUCAGGGCACUGAUGAUCAGUGUGCCCUGAUGAUCAGUGUAGCCCCAGCAAUGCCUUCUGUCAGUGCUCAUCAGUGCCUCAUGCCAGUGCCCAUCAGUGCCACAUAUCAGUGCUUACCAGUGCACAUCAAUGCCAAAUAUCAGUGCCCAUCUGAGCUGCCUUUCAGUGUCACCCAUCAGUGCCACCUAUCAGUGCUGCCAGUCAGUGCUCCCUUUCAGUGCCCAUUAUUGAUGCCUGUCAAUGCCCAUCAG